UCCCCAAACCCUAACCAAUUAGGGUUUUCUCACUUGCAGUCGCCACUGUCGGAAUCAAAAGGAACAAGCUUCGGCUUCCGAAUCGGCCGAAAUGGUUAAAGGACGCCAAGGAGAGCGAGUCAGACUCUAUGUAAGAGGAACCAUCUUGGGUUACAAGAGGUCAAAGUCGAACCAGUAUCCGAGCACUUCAUUGAUCCAGAUUGAGGGAGUUAACACUAAGGAGGAAGUAUCUUGGUAUGCCGGCAAGCGGAUGGCAUAUAUUUACAAAGCAAAGGUGAAGAAGAACGGCUCACACUAUCGUUGCAUUUGGGGAAAGGUUACUAGACCUCAUGGUAAUAGCGGUGUCAUUCGUGCUAAGUUCAAGUCUAAUCUUCCCCCCAAAUCAAUGGGAGAUAGAGUCCGUGUCUCCAUGUACCCCAGCAAUAUAUGAGUCCGACCGCGUUCAAUCAAGGACAUGAGUGAUUCCGUCUUUUUCACUUUUGUCUCUGUAAACCUGGUCAAGAUGAUAGUGGAUGAGAAUGUAGUGUUUACAUAUUUUUCAUUACCAAGAUUUUACAGUAAUUUGUCCUUUGUACUUUGAAGUUUUUGGCAUCAUUUAUGGAGCUGAAUAGCAUGAUUGGUCGAC